AUGUUUGGUUUCUUGUUCCGUCGAUGGAGAAAAGCUUCCAAAUGUAAAGAGCUGUUGCGGCAGCUUCAGUCUCGUCUCAAGCUACUCAAGAACAAAAAAUACGCAAUUUCAAGACAUUUACGUGACGACAUUGCUCUCUUCAUCCGAAUCAAUGACCUCACACGAGCUCUCCUUCGCGCCGAACAGCUCUUCCUCGUCGAAAACUCCAUCUCAAUCUACGAUUUGUUGCUUCACUUCUCUGAUUUUAUCCUUCUCCAUUUCUCCUCCAUCAGAAAACACAGAGAAUUGGUUAAAGACGACAUUAACGAAGCAGUUUCGAGUCUUGUCUUUGCAUCUGCGAGGUGUGGAGAAUUACAUGAGCUACGUAAGAUCAGAGAGCUAUUUGGUCAACGUUACGGUCAAACUUACAUUACAACAACUCUUCAGCUUCACCAUGGAAACCUUGUUAACUUCCAGAUUAAAGAGAAAUUGUCUGUCACUACGGUAUCUGAGGAUUUGAAGUCGAAAUUGUUGGAUGAAAUAGCAAAAGAGUCAGGUCUCCGUUUAGAAAUCCUAAGGCUCGAAUAUACACCUGAAAUUGAAAAACAGGUAAAUGAAGAGGAAGAGAAGAAAGUAAUAGAUUCUGCGUUGAAUAGUUGCACUGAUGAUCAGUCACCAGAAGUGUAUAAAUUUAGUCUCACUGAUGUCGAAGAAGAGAAGAGCAAGGAGGAGAGAUCAAUGGAGCAGGAUGAUUACAUAGAGGAGACUCAAGUAGGGAAAGAUCAGAGAGUAUUCAGAUUCAGAGAAAGUAGUGAAGGAGAUAGAUCAUCAUCAUUAUCAUCAUCAGGAGAGUUUAAGGAUAUGGAAUGUUUGAGGUAUUAUAAGAAGCAGAAAAGGAUCCGGAGAAGGAGAAGAUCAUCACGAAAUUGUUACCAUAUAGUCUACAAUGUGUUUAGAGUGAAGAAUGAAGAAGAAGAAGAAGAAUUAAGAAGAAGAUUGUUACCCAAGCAUGUUCACCCUAAGCUUCCUGACUACGACCAAAUUGCUGCUCAGUUUAAAGCCCUUAGGACACAACAACGUAUGCCUUUUUAA